AUGUUUGAAUCGCUUAGGAGCCAGCGUGCUGGCGAUGGCAGCGUGGCGGGCAUCAGGCAGGUGGAGCUCACGCGCCGUGUGCCCGGCAUUGACUACUUCCCCUUCGAAGCGGGUGCAGGUUGCUCCUUACCUCGGAAAAGGCCACAGUGUGAGCUUGGCCCUGCGUGUACGCAGCACAGCCCGGCACACUUUGCAGCUUACGAUCAUCCCUGGAUGAAACCUGGGCCGGAGCUUGUGUUGCCAUCUGGGUCCAAAGCAAGCGGCAGACACAAAAGCUGCAACAGUUCUGGGGGCCUUUAUAAGCCGUGA